AUGUCGAUUAGAACGUCGAAGUUCGUCUCCCGGACCAGCGAGGAUUUCACCUCCCAGCUUACUCGCCGGAACGCUCCUCCUAACGACGAAGAGUCGAAUUUACCAUCUCUAGCUACGCGAUGGCUUGGUGUGGGAAAGCCGAAUGACAAUGUUCCUAAAAUGGUCCGGGGAAUCACCAUAGCCGAUGAGGAGAAGAUCCAUGUAGGAAAGGUCAAGAAAUUAGGUACAUUUAGCGGAGUUUUUGUUCCAACCACAUUAAAUGUUCUAUCCAUUCUCAUGUUCCUGAGAUUCGGUUUCGUCCUGGGACAAGGAGGAAUACUUGGAAUGUUUGGUAUGCUUUUAGUCAGUUACCUUAUCAACUUAAUUACUACACUGUCAAUAUCCGCCAUCUCUUCGAAUGGUACAGUUCGUGGCGGUGGCGCGUAUUAUCUCAUCUCACGCUCCUUAGGGCCAGAGUUCGGAGGAAGUAUAGGCCUAGUAUUUUAUUUGGGUUUUGUAUUCAACACAGGCAUGAAUGCUGUUGGCAUGAUUGACUGUUUGAUGAAUAAUUUUGGAGAAAAAAUUGGCAGUGGUCCACAGAUUUUUCCAGACACAUUCUGGUAUCGAUAUCUCUAUGCUACUGCAGUCUUGGUUUUUUGCACAAUAAUAUGCCUUCUUGGCUCUGCCAUUUUUGCUCGUGCAUCAAACUUUCUUCUCGCGAUUCUCCUUUUUGCAACAUUUUCUAUCCCCGUAUCAGCUCUUUUGGUCAAGCCGUUUCACGAUAUCAGCCAUGACGUACUCUAUACCGGUCUGUCAAUGGAUACGUUUAUGGAAAACCUCCGGCCAAGGUUCACGAAAGGAGCCGCCGGAAGUCAGAUAUCAGGAAGAGAGAACUGGCAAGAUUUGUUUGGUAUUCUCUUUCCAGCCACUGCCGGAAUCUUCGCCGGUGCAAGCAUGUCCGGCGACCUUAAGAAUCCCAGCAAAUCGAUACCAAGAGGUACUUUGCAUGGUUUGAUGUUGACAUUUGUGGCCUAUACAUUGGUUGUUCUCUCUAUGGGGGCCACUAUUAGACGCGAGAGCCUAUAUAAAAACCUCAACAUAAUCCAGGACAUUAACGUGUCGAAACAUCUCAUUCUUGGCGGGGAACUUGCAUCUUCAUUCUUCUCAGCUCUUAUGGGAGUAAUCGGUUCCGCAAAGUCAUUACAAGCGUUAGCCCGUGAUGGGAUACUUCCCGGUGUAUCUUUAUUUGGCCAGGGAACCAAGUCAAACGAUGAGCCAACAUAUGCGAUUAUGCUAACCUUUCUUCUCUCUCAAUUAACUCUACUAUGCGAUAUUAACCAGAUCGCCAACUUUGUGACUAUGACGUAUCUCAUGACAUUUCUAGUCACAAAUUUGGCCUGUUUCCUGCUAAAAGUCGGAAGUGCACCGAAUUUCAGGCCGAGUUUCAAAUAUUUCACCUGGUGGACAGCUGCGAUCGGAGCGGUUGUGAGUGGUGCGACUAUGAUAUUUGUUGACAAACUUUACGCUGGAGGCUGUCUAGGCGUCUUGGUCACCCUAUUCUUAGUUAUUCACUACACUACACCACCUAAGAGUUGGGGAGACGUUUCUCAGAGUUUGAUCUAUCAUCAAGUCAGAAAGUACUUGUUGAGACUGAAACAGGAGCAUGUGAAGUUUUGGAGACCUCAGAUCCUGUUAUUUGUAAAUGACCCCCGGAGAUCUUGGAAAUUGAUUCAGUUUUGCAACGCUAUGAAAAAGGGAUCUUUAUACAUCCUUGGACACAUUGUUGUCACUCCGGAUUUUCAAGACUCAUUCCCAGAGGUUAAGCGGCAACAAGCCGCCUGGAUGAAGUAUAUCGAUUUCAGCAAAGUCAAAGCGUUCCCCCAAAUAUCCAUUGCCCCUACUAUAGAAUGGGGUGCAAGGAAUAUUGUGCUCUCGGCUGGCUUAGGAGGCAUGCGUCCAAAUAUUGCAGUCUUAGGGUUUUACAAUCUAGAUGAAUACCGCAACUCAAAACCUCUAGUAGAUAUUCCGUGUACGUCAAAGUCAAGAAAUACAAAUCCGACACAUCAACCCGCACCUCACAACACCCAGUCUAGUAGGGUUACAACUCAUAUAUUAGACCAGCUCCCAACGGAUACCAUGCGGAAUGAAACCGCGGUCAGUGUUACCAGUUACGUCAAUAUCUUGGAGGAUUUGCUUCUCUCUCUACAGAUAAAUGUGGCCGUUGCGAAGGGAUUUGAAAACCUGGAACUCCCUUCAAAGGGUAAAGACCAUGACAAAAAGUAUAUUGAUCUCUGGCCAAUUCAAAUGUCUGCUGAAAUCGAAAAUGGCGCUCCUGGCGCCGGUAAUAUCCUAACAACAAACUUUGAUACUUAUACUCUUAUACUUCAACUGGGCUGCAUUUUAAACACUGUUCCAGCGUGGAAAAAGACCUACAAAGUUCGAGUUGCAGUAUUUGUUGAGUAUGAAAGUGACGUUCAUGAGGAAAGAGCUCGCGUUAAGAAGCUGCUGGAAAAUCUGCGCAUUCAAGCCGAGGUCUUGGUUAUGUGGCUUGCAGACGGCAAGCUGAGCUCCUACGAGUCAAUUGUGAAAGGAUGUGAAAAUGAAGACGACAAUGUGGAGAUCGUACUUGGGAACGAACAAUGGUGGAAGGAGUUGCAAAAGCGCAGGGGUCGAGCAACCUCUCGUGAUGCUCCUGACCAUCUCGCCGAUGUAGCGCAACUUGUAAGUGGAGACCAAUGGCCAAGCAGCAGCUUUCAACAACAGAGACGAUAUGACAGUCGCACAAUGUUCGGGGGGAUAAAUAAGCUUAUCAAAAAAUCUCGCAAGCGGCAUUCCAUCUUUGGCCUGACUAGACUAGGAAUGCCUCUGUCUCUGAAUAUGCGGACCCACCGCCUCAAUCCAGAUGCCCUCGAAAAUGAAUCCACUUCUGAGCUUUCAAGUGAUGGUGAAAGCGACACCCUUUCUAGCGACGACGAGAGCAUCAAAAGCGCUGCAAGUGAAAACGACGCCGAUGAGUACUCAACCGAUGAGGAACAUCCUCCUAUCGUCAAAGUUCGACGUGCCAGCACUGGCGAUCCUUUGGGAUUUGGUACUACUUACAGGAAGCAAAGUCUGCGACAAGCAGCGCUCAGAGCCUCUGCACUUAAGUCCACAUCGACUGAGGAAGCGCAACCACGUAAAGAAGCAGGUUUGGCUAUUGGCUCGACAGGAGAAUCGUCAACAACACCUAUUCCUUCACUUGCUAGGCCUGAGCUACCACAUCGUAGUUCCACUCCAAUCUUUUCCUGUAAACCAGUUCCGGAUACUGAAGUGGCGGUGGAGGAGGGUGUUGGUCCUAGUAUUAUGUUUACGGAUACACGUGGUAAUAGGGUACAAGCAUCCUCAACGUUUCUCAACCCUUUAUCCUUCAACGAUUUGCCCUCGAGGGCACAACAUCUUAUUUUGAACGAACUUAUACGGAAACAUUCUCAUGAUACAGCUGUCGUCUUUACUACCUUGCCCUCGCCCCAACCUGGCACAUUCAAAAGUGAGAAGGACUCGGUUGAUUAUCUUGCCGGACUGGAGGUUCUUACUGCGGAACUCCCCCCAACUCUCCUUGUCCAUUCAAAUUCUCUAACUGUCACUACGGCGUUGUGA